UGGGAGUAUAUUCAAUUGUAUGUGUGUUUCAGAGAGCAUUUGGUGCUGAUUGUGCAGAUGCAAUGUGUGGGAGGUAGUAAUAAUGGAGCAGACACACACAUCUAUGGACCUGAUGAAAGGAUCGGACAGACUGGGAGAAUUGCAGAUGGAUGGUUCAGGUGAAGGGGAGAGAGAGCUUCGGAUGGAUAGAUCAGAGGGUGGACUGAAAGAUCUGAUCCUGAAGUGGUUUAUGGAGACUCAGGCUGCACUCAUUCUGUGUGAAGGAAACUUCCCCUCCUGGUUUCAGGGAUUUAUCUCUAGACAGGAUGCUGAGGACAUUCUGAGAGAUAAGACUCUGGGCUGUUUCCUGAUCCGACUCAGUGCCAAGGCCAUUGGCUACAUCCUCUCUUACCGAGGGAAAGACCGCUGUCGGCACUUUGUCAUUAACCAGAACAAGGAGGGCCUGCUUGUGGUCUCUGGUGACUUCACUGCCCACCGUAACCUCAUAGACUUGAUUGAGCACUUUAAAACCACACCCAUCCAACCAUUUGGAGAGUACCUUGCUUCAACCACCACUGAGACCUCUUCAGAUGAGCUGUAUGAUGUGGUUCAGAAUAAGUCCAGUAUGAGAUCUUGUGUGAGUGUUCAGGCUCUGUGUAGUCUGUGGGAUCAGCGUGGUGAUGUCAUAGAAGGAGUGGCACCGAACCUGCCCCCCAAAAGUAGCCGUAGACUCACCUCCUCCGCAUCUGUUGGCAGCCAUGCGCUCGUUCAGUGCCUACCUUCCACCGAAUGGACCAUUGCUCGCAGAGCUGAAAAAACUAGGUAG